GACGAUUGGCUCUUUUUACUAGAAGGCGGGACUUCCGUCGCGUGAUGGUUGCUUUUUCCUCCAUUUAUAAUAAAAGCACUGCUAUAUGAUUUGAUUUUCAGUUUUGGCAUAUUCAGUGCAGUACGACUUCCAACAAAAUGUCUUGCGACCAGCCGAGAAAUAUUCCUCUGCCAGCCAUGUUAGCCAAAGAAUCAAAGCCAAACCUCAGCCAUUCCCAGGUCACAGAGGUAAUCCGUAGGCUGUAUGGUCUGAACGCAUCUGUUAUUCGCCCGUUGCCCAGUUAUGAUGACCAGAACUUUUAUGUGGACUCCAGUGAAGGUGGAGAGUACGUGCUGAAGGUUAUGAACUCAACAGACAGUCAGAACGUCACUCUGAUGCAUCUACAAACUCACUCUAUGAAUUUCUUACAUCAGAACGGCCUUCCAGCUCAAACGGCUCUGCCCACCCUGACGGGUGAGCUCAUGAGCCUGAAGGAAUUUGAUUGUGGUUUUGGCAAGCAGAAAUAUUUGGUGCGAUUGCUCACCUACCUGCCUGGAACUACAAUAGCCAAAGUCACCCCCAGUCCCCAGAUUUUGUAUGAGGUUGGGAAGAUGGCAGCUACAUUGGAUACAAUUCUACUGCAGAUGGAGCACCCAAACAUUAGUUGUCUUCAGAGAGAAGGGUUUAUAUGGAGUCUAUCCAGUAUUCCGCUCUUGAAUCAGUAUCUUUAUGUGAUGGACGGGAAUCCUGCACAUAAGAUUAUUAAAGCCGUUUUGGAGCAGUACGACACCCAAGUCGUACCCAAACUGUCAUUGUUUCGCAAGUGCAUUAACCACGGAGACCUCAACGACCACAAUCUCUUGAUGGAACCCGACGGACCUUCGAAGUACAAGAUGUCUGGCAUUCUUGAUUUUGGAGAUAUGAGCAGAGGGUAUUUCAUAUUUGAGCUGGCCAUCUCUAUCAUGUACAUGAUGAUCGAGAACCCCGAUCCGAUAAAUGUCGGAGGGCCGGUGUUGGCGGGAUGGGAGAGUGUUUUUCGUCUCAACGAAGCAGAAAGAGACUGUCUCUAUUUGCUGGUUCUGUGUCGCUUCUGUCAGUCUUUGGUUCUGGCACGGUACACGGUCACACAGCAGCCAGAGAAUGAGGAGUAUUUGAUGACCACAGCAAAGACCGGCCUCCUGCACCUCUGCCGGCUUUGGGAACUAGGGAAAGAAGAAGUGGAAAGGAUUUGGUUCCAGAGCGAUGCACAAUUCAGACAGUCAGCGGUUAUAGACAGUAACCAGAGCUAAGUGUAGUAAGUUGUAGUGCUUCUAAUGUGAUUGUUCACCCAAAAAUGUAUUCACCCUCAUGUCAUUUCAAACCUGUAUGACUGCAGAACACAAAAUAAGUUUUUUUUAAAAAACGUUGGUAACAACACAACAUUAGCCCCCUUGACUUCCAUUGUAUAGAGACAAAACCACAUUUCUCAAAAUAUCUUAUUUGGUGUUCCACAGGAAAAAAAGAGUCAAGUACAGUUUUUGAUCGACAUGAAGGUAAAUAAAUGAUUGCAAGAUUUUUUUGUUUUGGUGAGAUCUACAUCUUGAUCGGAAUCAAUAUUUGUUUUAAUUAUGAGCUGCUCAUUCAUAAAAAGAUUCACAGCACAGACUGUGUAUGCUGAUGAUGUACUUUUUUUUCAUGAAUCACGAGAACACUCAGGGAAGUUAUUAACGUCAAUGUUCUGAAUCCCAUGUAUACUGUAGCCACCAUUGCUUAUUUCAACCAGCAAAGACCAUGACUUUGUAAUUGUAUCGACAGUUCUAAAAAUGUGCUUUCAUUUGUUUAUUUGUUCGAUGCAUUUUGCAUUUUCCUUGUGCCUUUAACCUGUUGUUGCACAACUAAUCCAAAUGCAUUUUUUCCACAAAACAAAGUGAUGUAAAUUAAUAUGAUCAUUGUAUAUUUACUGUAAGUAAAUUUAUAAUGGAAAAUAUUUGGAAUGCUAUUGUCCGCACAUGGAACAUUUGUUUUUAGGUAAAAUAAAGACACAAUUGAAUUAUGGGAUAGCAGCCCUGUUGAUGUGUGAUUAACAGAGAUGAGAAGUGGCAUGCAGCCUACAAAGUGAU